UCAGUCGCUCCCCUCAUAGCUGGCACUGCCCUUUUCCAGUCACCACUCCUGCCUGCUUCGCGAAGUCUUCUUAUCUGGGAGCCUUUCAUUCCACCUCGGUGAAGACACCCUGCAGCUGCUCGUCUCGCCUCCAAUGGGAUUCUCAUUUUGAGUUGCUCGACUGUGGAGACGCCAGUCGGAUCUAAUCGGGGACCAUGACCACCACAGUGACUCUAGAGGAUGCCCUUUCAAAUGUGGACCUUCUUGAAGAGCUGCCUUUGCCAGAUCAGCAGCCUUGUAUUGAGCCACCUCCUUCUUCUUUACUGUACCAGCCAAACUUUAACACUAACUUUGAAGACAGAAAUGCAUUUGUCACUGGCAUUGCAAGAUAUAUUGAACAAGCAACUGUCCACUCCAGUAUGAAUGAAAUGCUUGAGGAGGGCCAGGAGUAUGCCAUUAUGCUGUACACAUGGAGAAGCUGUUCAAGAGCCAUUCCUCAGGUAAAAUGCAAUGAACAGCCUAACCGAGUGGAGAUAUAUGAAAAGACUGUUGAAGUACUUGAACCUGAGGUCACAAAGCUUAUGAACUUCAUGUAUUUCCAGCGCAAUGCCAUUGAGCGUUUCUGUGGAGAAGUAAGAAGGCUGUGUCAUGCUGAAAGAAGAAAGGACUUUGUUUCAGAGGCCUAUCUUCUUACCCUGGGCAAGUUCAUCAACAUGUUUGCCGUGCUAGAUGAACUGAAAAAUAUGAAGUGUAGUGUGAAAAAUGAUCACUCAGCAUAUAAAAGGGCUGCACAGUUUUUACGGAAGAUGGCAGAUCCCCAGUCAAUUCAAGAGUCGCAGAAUUUAUCUAUGUUCCUUGCUAACCACAAUAAAAUUACCCAGUCAUUACAGCAGCAGUUGGAAGUCAUUCCAGGAUAUGAGGAACUUCUUGCAGAUAUAGUGAACCUUUGUGUUGAUUACUACGAGAAUAAAAUGUACCUCACCCCCAGUGAGAAACACAUGUUAUUAAAAGUGAUGGGCUUUGGUUUAUACCUGAUGGAUGGGUCAGUCAGCAACAUUUACAAACUCGAUGCGAAGAAACGAAUAAACUUAACUAAGAUUGAUAAAUGUUUCAAGCAACUCCAAGUUGUCCCCCUGUUUGGUGAUAUGCAAAUUGAGCUGUCCAGGUAUAUCAAAAACAGUGCUCAUUUUGAAGAAAACAAGUCCAGAUGGACAUGCACUUCUUCUGGAAGUAGUCCUCAGUAUAAUAUUUGUGAGCAGAUGAUCCAAAUACGAGAAGAUCAUAUGCGUUUCAUUUCAGAACUAGCACGUUAUAGCAACAGUGAGGUAGUGACAGGCUCUGGUCGUCAAGAAGCACAGAAAACUGACUCUGAAUACCGGAAACUGUUUGAUUUGGCUCUUCAAGGUCUUCAGCUGCUCUCGCAGUGGAGCGCUCAUGUAAUGGAAGUGUACUCCUGGAAACUGGUUCAUCCAACAGACAAGUAUUCAAACAAAGACUGUCCAGAUAAUGCUGAGGAGUAUGAAAGGGCUACCAGAUACAACUAUACAAGUGAAGAAAAGUUUGCUCUUGUUGAGGUGAUGGCUAUGAUCAAGGGACUGCAAGUUCUGAUGGGUAGGAUGGAAAGUGUUUUUAACCAUGCAAUUCGACACACAAUCUAUGCAGCUCUUCAAGACUUUGCCCAACAAACAUUGCGGGACCCUUUGAGGCAAGCCAUCAAGAAGAAAAAGAAUGUCAUUCAGAGUGUUUUACAGGCAAUUAGGAAAACUAUAUGUGACUGGGAAACUGGACGAGAACCACUUAAUGACCCAGCCUUGAAAGGAGAGAAAGAUCCUAAAGGUGGCUUUGAUAUCAAAGUACCAAGAAGAGCUGUAGGACCAUCCAGUACACAGCUGUAUAUGGUGCGAACCAUGCUAGAGUCGCUCAUUGCUGACAAAAGUGGCUCCAAGAAAACACUGAGGAGUAGCCUGGAGGGACCUACCAUUUUGGAAAUUGAGAAAUUUCAUCGGGAAUCCUUUUUCUACACACAUUUGUUAAAUUUCAGUGAAACUCUGCAGCAAUGCUGUGACCUCUCACAACUUUGGUUCAGAGAGUUUUUCCUGGAACUGACCAUGGGUCGUAGGAUUCAAUUUCCUAUUGAAAUGUCCAUGCCUUGGAUCCUGACUGAUCACAUCCUGGAAACUAAGGAGGCUUCAAUGAUGGAGUAUGUUCUCUAUCCGCUGGACCUUUACAAUGAUAGUGCACAUUAUGCACUGACAAAAUUCAAUAAGCAGUUCCUAUAUGAUGAAAUUGAGGCAGAGGUGAAUUUAUGUUUUGACCAGUUUGUAUAUAAACUUGCUGACCAGAUAUUUGCCUACUACAAGAUUCUGGCAGGCAGUCUUCUUUUAGACAAACGACUUCGGGCAGAGUGCAAAAAUAUGGGAGCAGCUUUCCCCUCUCCAUCCUCCAAUCGAUACGAAACCUUGCUGAAGCAAAGGCAUGUCCAGCUUCUUGGAAGAUCUAUUGAUUUGAACCGACUAAUUACUCAGCGGGUGUCUGCUGCAAUGUACAGGUCUCUAGAAUUAGCAAUUAACCGUUUUGAAAGUGAGGAUCUUACAUCUAUCAUGGAAUUAGAUGGAUUAUUGGAAAUUAACCGAAUGACGCAUAAGCUGCUGAGCAAAUUCCUCACCUUGGACAGUUUUGACGCUAUGUUCAGGGAAGCAAACCACAAUGUUUCUGCCCCUUAUGGGAGAAUCACACUCCAUGUAUUCUGGGAGCUUAACUAUGAUUUCCUGCCCAACUACUGUUACAAUGGCUCAACAAACAGAUUUGUUCGCACUGUCCUGCCUUUCUCUCAGGAGAUUCAGAGAGACAAGCCACCAAAUGCACAGCCACAAUAUUUAUAUGGAUCAAAGGCACUGAAUUUGGCAUACAGUACUAUCUGUAGUUUUUAUCGGAACUUUGUGGGACCUCCUCACUUUAAAGCUAUCUGCAGACUGCUCGGUUAUCAGGGGAUUGCCGUUGUAAUGGAAGAGCUUCUGAAAGUUGUCAAGAGUUUGCUCCAAGGAACCAUCUUACAGUAUGUGAAGACUUUGAUGGAGGUUAUGCCCAAAAUCUGUCGUUUACCAAGACAUGAAUAUGGUUCUCCAGGUAUUUUGGAAUUUUUCCACCACCAGCUAAAAGAUAUUGUAGAAUAUGCUGAGCUGAAGACAGUGUGUUUCCAGAACCUUAGGGAAGUGGGAAAUGCCAUGCUCUUCUGUCUUCUGAUUGAACAGAGCUUGUCUCAAGAAGAGGUAUGUGAUCUGCUUCAUGCAGCCCCGUUUCAGAACAUUUUGCCAAGAGUUCAUGUGAAAGAGGGGGAACGGCUUGAAGCAAAGAUGAAAAGACUGGAAAGCAAAUACACUCCUCUUCAUCUCGUGCCCUUAAUAGAACGUCUCGGAACUCCACAGCAAAUCGCAAUUGCAAGAGAAGGGGACCUGCUGACCAAAGAGAGGCUGUGCUGCGGGCUCUCAAUGUUUGAAGUGAUUCUGGCUCGAGUUCGAAAUUUCCUCGAUGACCACAUCUGGAAAGGCCCCCUGCCCAGUAACGGGGUCAUGCAUGUGGACGAGUGUGUUGAGUUUCACAGGCUGUGGAGUGCUAUGCAGUUUGUGUACUGCAUUCCCGUUGGAGCUCACGAAUUCACAGUGGAACAGUGCUUUGGGGAUGGGCUCCACUGGGCUGGCUGUAUGAUCAUCACCCUCCUGGGGCAGCACAGGCGCUUCGAUGUCCUGGAUUUUUGCUACCAUCUCCUAAAAGUGCAGAAGCAUGAUGGGAAGGAUGAGGUCAUUAAGAGUGUGCCUUUAAAGAAAAUGGUAGACAGAAUCCGCAAGUUUCAAGUGCUGAAUGAUGAGAUCUUUGCUAUUCUUGGCAAAUACCUGAAGUCGGGCGAUGGAGAGAACAUGCCAGUGGAACACGUGCGCUGCUUCCAGCCGCCAAUCCACCAGUCCCUGGCCAGCAAUUAGGCCACAAGCCUGGCCUGCAGCGAGCGUCCCUCACGUAAUUUUUUUCCUCAUUUUCUCCAACGUGGGCCAUAAGUUGUUGGUUUUCUAUACUAGCAUACUUAAAACUUUUUUUUUUUUUUUUUAAUAUACAAGUUUUCUAUUUUGUAUUUUAUUUACAAAAAUAAGGGAUAAGAAAUUACUCCUGGGUUGACUAAGGGGGCCUAAUGAAUUGCAAAUUGGACAGUUGAAUUUAAAUAUGAACUGAAUGUGUGCAUGUGCAGAGGUCCGGAUGAUUCCGGAGCAUUUCAAGUAUAAAAGUAAUACAAUUUAUUAAAUACUUUUUCAUGUUAACUUUUGCUAUAUGCAUCUUUUCUAUUUGGCCAGUUGAAACUCUUUUUUUUUUGCUUUUAAUAAAAAAUAAAUCUCCUUUA